GAGAGUCUACGACUACAACGUCCCGUCCAUGCUUUCAUCUUCCCUGCGCCGGGCUCAUUCCAAAAGCACAGAUGUAUCUGUCAGACAAAUCCGACGCGCCACCUCCGCCGUCCUAACGAAAUCAAAACCAAAACCCAGACCAUACAAAGUUGACGAAAGUGAUUUAAGACGAAUAAGAGGGACGGCAAAGGAACUAGUUGAGGGGGCGAACCAAGCGUAUAACCCUGAGUGGAGGCAUACAUAUAAGAGGGAGGGUGAGCGAAAGAGAUAUGAACAGGAUUUGUCUAGGAAGAAGGAUCCGUUACAACAUGAUGGUCGAGGAGAGCCGAAUAUUUUCUCUGGACAUCCGUUGGAGGAUUGGAGUAUGGAGGACCUUGUGCAAUCUGGGACGGGUGCUCUCCAGCCCGGUACUUAUUUUGAGCUUCGAAGAAAUGCGGAGUCGAUGAAUGGCGUCGUGCUCGGUGCUACGAACAAUAUAGGCUAUCACCAGGACACGGUUAGUAUAACUACCCGUGGAGAGGUCAUCGUACACAGAACAACGGAUAUCAUGUUCGCCGUCCCAAACUUUGUAGAUAGCAAUCUCGCCGAGCGAUGUGGGACGCAAGAACUACACGAAGACGAGUUCCAGCUCGCAGCGCGAAUCCGUAUCCUCAAGGCAGCGCGGGACUUCGAGCGAGCAGUUGAGAAGGAACAAUAUCGACUUGGCCGUGCUAUACAGGAUAUUUACCAUCAAGUUCGUGCGCAACAUCCAGAUGAAUGGACCAAAGUCUCGACGAUGCAAGUCGCGAGAAUGCUGGAUGCCACUCCGAACGUACCAAUUGUCACCCUUUUCGCAGUGCACAGACAACUCAUGGAACGAGCUGAUGAGUUCGUCUGUCAUCCAACGCGACACCGUUUCGUACACGAAUUCGAUGUCCGUCCGCUCUCAGACCUUAAGAAUAUCGAAAAAGUGAAACAGAUGGUGCGCGAAAGAAGUCCUAUGAUAAAUGCUUUCCAGCAAAAGGCAAGGCUGCUUAUUGACCAGUCUCGCGCACUGGCAGCCCAAUCAACCGAAGAACCUCCCGCUGUCGCUGAGGUUGUCAAACGGAAGUUCACUCCACAAGACCAGGAGAUAAUAACUUUCCUCAAGCUGUCGAUGAUUCAGGGUCGACUGAUCCAGCAAGACUCUUACGCAGGCAACGUCCCAGCUAUUAUCAAGGAUACGUAUAGAUAUGAGGAACUCAUCACGUCUUAUACUACUCUUAAAUUCUUGAGAGAAAUAGGAGUGUUCACUCCUUGGGAGGACUUGGCGUCCAGGGAAAAGGGGCUUCAUAUUCCCAUUGGUGUGGAAGAGAAAACGGCUUCUACCACGAAAGCGAGUUCGUCGCUGCCUAAGUCUCAGGCCCAGACACCAGGCCUUCUUACCACGGAUGCUCAUGAAAACGUGCGACACGACUUUGGGGACAUGCCCGUCUAUGUCAUUGACGACGCACACGCCGAGGAGCUUGACGAUGGCAUAUCCGUUGAGCGCGUUGUGGGAGAUCCUAAUUCAGUCUGGAUACAUGUUCACGUAGCUGAUCCGACCUCCGUUAUCCCAUUCACGCAUCCACUGCGUCAGCAAGUUGAAAAACGCAGCGAGACGUACUACUUCGGCCAUAGGACAAUCCCUAUGCUUCCGGCAGACAUAGGCAAGCUGUGUGAUAUGGGCCGAGAAGGUGUGCGUACUAGUGGCCAGAACGUGCUCACGUUCAGCGCAAAGGUGGGGAAGAAGGGUGACAUACUGGAUUAUAAAGUUCGCGCAGGUCGAGUACGCAACGUUCACAAACUGCGAUAUGGCGACGUGGAUAGCGUAGUAGAUCCUGGAGCACUUGCAGUUGAGUUCACACCCUUCGAGCCAGAAGCCUCAGAGUCCUCUGGAACGGUUGACACUUCAUAUCUCCGUCAACAUGAGGAAAACUUGAAACUUGUUUUCGAGGUAACUCGUCGUACAGUAGCUGAACGCCUGGCGAGAAACGCUUUCACGUUCUGUCUCAACUCACCACAGGUCACCUUCCCCGACAAGCCCGUCCCACAAGCCCCUCCCCAUGUCACGCAACCGAUUCUCUACCGUGGAUAUCCUAGGCUCCGAUACACCGUCAUACGAGGCGAAGUUUCAGAAAUUGGUUCUCGAUCGCUCGUUGCUGAAUGUAUGAAGCUCGCUGGGCGCGUUGCUUCGCGAUUCUGUUUGGAACACAAUAUCCCAGGUAUACGUCGCGCAAUGGCUUCUGCAGAGCUCGAAGAGACCACGCUUUCGCGUGUCCUUGCCGAACGUGAUCCUCUAGGAUUCAUCAGUCCUUCCGUUCUCGCUCGGGAGGGUAUAGGCCUUCCUCCUGGUGAACUCACAUCAGAGCCUGCUGGACACUGGAUUCUUGGAAUCCCGGAUGGUGAGGGAUAUAUACGCACUACGUCGCCUCUUCGGAGGUCGGACGACUUGUUCAUGCAUUGGCAAAUUAAGAGUGCGCUCUUACCCGGAAAAGAGUCCCAUCCACCACCUAUAAAUGACGAGAAGAUGAAGGACAUGGUUGACAUACUUAACGUGCGGAAACAAGUCUUGAAGAGGGCGUACAGAGCACAUACUCGUCAAUGGGCACAUACCUACAUCGAGCGGUACAUGGACUCGCUCGCUCGCUCAUCAAAAUCAAAAUCAAAUCAUAUGCAUAAUCCGCUGAAAGGAAUGGACGCAACCGUCGUCAUCGCACCAAUCUAUAACCUCGUCCGAUGGAUGCACUAUCAAGAAGUCUACAUCCCGAUGCUAGGGUUAAUAGCCGUCAUGCCCAUCAAAACUGGUUCGGAUAUACCGCUCGGUGCACAUAUUAAGGUCGACGCGAAGAAUAUCUUCCAGUAUGAUUUGAAUAGGACGUUGGAGGUUUCGUUAGCUUCAUAAGCUUGGUUUAAUCUGGGUGCCGUAGUGUGGUUUGGUUUGGUUUUGAUGUGAUGGGUUGGUUGUUGUUUCUUGUGUUGAAGAAAGGUAAAGAGUAGUUUCAGUAAAUUAUCCACUUUUAUGCAUCCUAGCUCUCCAUCCUCGCAAUGACUACUCAUACUCACUAGAGAACGCAUAGUAGACUCUCCCCUCUAUUACUCAACUCAUUAAUAUUCCUCUCAAAUGUCACUCCCUCUUGUCUUAACUAGAAACACUCGACUCACCAUGUCCAAUCUCAUCAUAAU